AAUACAAGAGAAAUGCGACGGGUCGAAAAGAUCAGAAAAACAGAAACAUUUUCAAAGGCCAAACUGAGAAGAUAUUGUUAUUUUGAUCGAUGAAUAUGGCGGCGGCUAUGCAACUAACGAGAACAUCUUUCUUCGGUCUCUUCAAAGCUUUUUCUGUAAGCCGAGCUCCUCCAAGAACUCUUGCGGUGGUGCUUGGUCGGAAAAGCUCUCGGGUCUUUUUUGCUUCCUCGGUUAAUGACCAUUCUAAGGGAAAAAAUGAUCCCGUAGAGAAGGCAAGAGAUUCGAGGGCUGAUUUAGCUUAUGAUUCGAAGAAAUGGAGAGAACAGUCAGGAGAAUACUCAGAAGCUGGCAAAGAGAAAGCUAAGGACAAAGCCUAUGAUAUGAAAGACGAGACCAAAGAAUAUGCUGAAAAACCAAAGGAUAGAGUGAAUGAAGGAGCGACCAAAGCAGCUGACAAAGCCUACGAGACAAAAGAGAAGGCUAAGGACAAAGCUUAUGAUGUGAACGAGAAGACAAAAGACUAUGCGGAAGAGACCAAGGAGAAGGUGAACGAAGGAGCCAGCAGAGCAGCUGAUAAAGCAUAUGAGGCGAAAGAGAAGGCUAAGGACAAAGCUUAUGACGUGAAAGAGAAGACUAAAGAUUAUGCGGAGGAAACCAAGGAGAAAGUGAAUGAAGGAGCGAGCAAAGCAGCUGAUAAAGCCUACGAGGCCAAAGAGAAGGCUAAAGACAAAGCUUAUGAUGUCAAAGAGAAGACGAAAGACUAUGCGGAAGAGGGUAAGGAGAGAGCGGAGGAUAUGACUCAUGGGUUAAAGGAAAAGGCUCAAGAUGUUGGGGAGAAGACUAUUGAGACUGUGAAAGAUGCGUGGGAGGCUGCAAAGAACACGGCUCAGAAGGUUACAGAGGCGGUGGUUGGGUCCGGUGAGGAUGAGGAUAGGGCCAGGGAUGAUGUUGAUAAGGGCUUGAAAGAUUUAUCGCGAAAGGCAAAGGAGAAUCGAAAAGACGAUGAUGAUGUCAAGAGGUUCUAAGUUCACUAAACAUAUGUGGUUUUCUUACAAAUAAAAGAAAGUGUUCUUCUCUGUGUUCAAAAUGUUUUGCUAAAACAUUGACAGCAAGUUUUAAGACCUAUUAGUCACUCUUCUAGGUUUGACUGUUAGUAAGUGUUUACUUCAUACAUAAGAAAAGAGCCUGCAUGCCAUC